UUCUGCUAUUAUCCCGGCAAGCUACAUGGGGGAAUCCAAGCAUUCUACCUCGAUCAGGUUCUUACCGAUUGCUGUCCAGGAGCUGUCACGGCCAGUCUAGCUAUUUCCUAUUUACAACCGAUCGACCCUCAGUCUUCCCUCAAAGUCAGUGCCUGGCCUGUCAAAGUUGAGGGACGAAAGCUGUACAUGGAGGCGUGUAUCAAGGUGCUUGAAAAUAGCACCGGGACCAUGAUCAAGGCUACUCAUGCCAAGGCCUUAGUUAUCAUGCCCAAUGCUUAG